CUAUAUCCGGUCUCCCCGGACCCCGCAUUCACUAUAUCCGGUCUCCCCGGACCCCGCAUUCACUAUAUCCGGUCUCCCCGGACCCCGCAUUCACUAUAUCCGGUCUCCCCGGACCCCGCAUUCACUAUAUCCGGUCUCCCCGGACCCAGCAUUCACUAUAUCCGGUCUCCCCGGACCCUGCAUUCACUAUAUCCGGUCUCCCCGGACCCUGCAUUCACUAUAUCUGGCCCCCGCAUUCACUAUAUCCGCUCUCCCCGGGCCCAGCAUUCACUAUAUCCGCUGUCCCCGGACCCCGCAUUCACUAUAUCCGCUCUCCCUGGACCCCGCAUUCACUAUAUCCGGUCUCCCCGGACCCCGCAUUCACUAUAUCCGCUCUCCCCGGACCCCGCAUUCACUAUAUCCGCUCUCCCCGGACCCUGCAUUCACUAUAUUCUGACCCUGCAUUUGCUAUAUCCGCUCUCCCCGAACCCUGCAUUCGCUAUAUCCGCUCUCCCAGGACCCUGCAUUCACUAUAUCCGCUCUCCCCAGACCCUGCAUUCACUAUAUCCGCUCUCCCCGGACCCUGCAUUCACUAUAUUCUGUCUCCCCGACCCCGCAUUCACUAUAUCCGCUCUCCCCGAACCCUGCAUUCGCUAUAUCAGCUCUCCCAGGACCCUGCAUUCACUAUAUCCGCUCUCC